GCUCGGCCUCGGCGCUUGCGAGGGGAGUUUCGGCUUCUGAGGGGCGUGUGAAGGGGAGGCGACGGAGGCGGGUUUCGUUCGCUGGCCGGCCGACCGGCUCUGCCUUUCGCAACCGCUGCUGUGUGGAGCCGAAGGGAGCUUCCACAGCCGGGAGCAGUCUAUCCUUCGCAGGCUUAGCUACUGCGUCUCCCGAGGGAGCCGAAGAAAAGGGGUGGCGGGUUCUAUCUGUCGGGGCGCGGGCUUUCCUAUUUCGAAGGAUUUUAUAUUUUGAAGGAUGCUAUCGUUUCUGCAAGAUACUUGAUUUUGAAAAAUGAAGUUAGAAAUUGAUUGAUUGGGGGCGGGGGGGUUACAAAUUGGUAGCCUUGCCUAAGGGUGCAAAAUAGCCUGGUCUAAGGGCGUAACUGGGAUGUUUAGCUUAUUUUUUUAGUUGUUUUGUUAAUAGUGUUAACAUAGAUGGUAAUUGUUUAUUUGGGAUUGUUUUACCGAUGAUUUGUUAAGUGUUCUAUACCAUUUAUGCUGUACACAGUUUUCAUAAGUUUCAUUAUGUUAUUUUUAUCUUUUGUUUGUAGGCCACUUUGGGAUUGAUUUGAAUAAAAAGUGGCAUGGAAAUAGAAUCAAUCAAAAUAAUGUGGUCUAAGGCUGCAAAAUAGGCUGGUUUAGGGGUGCAAAACAGCCCUGCUCCAGCACUGGCUGGGUGGUUAUCUCUGCCUUGCUUGUGAGCUUACUGGGGUAUUCCGGACACAAGAUAGGUAGGCUGGAUGACACUUUAUUUAUUAUUUUAUUUAUUUAUUUUCAUUUGUUGAAUUUAUAUACUGCACUAUACCCGGAGGUCUCGGGGUGGUUCACACAAUACAAUCAGAAUAUAAAACCACAAAAUGCAUAAUCAGAAGAAAAACAACAACAACCACCCAAUAACAUGCACACACACCCAAAAAAACAUCCCAAACUUUACAAGUUUAAUCCGGCAGGGUUGUUUUUCAGAAUUAUUUUUUUGGCAGAAGGCGCAGCUUUAAAUUGCUCACUGAAGAGCACCUUCGUGUCUGGGAAGCAGCCUCUCCAGGGCGGCCAGAAUGAUGUGCACCAACAGGGGGAGUGGCUGCUGGUACACUCUUCUGUGUGAUCACCUUGUUCUUUUUCUACUUUGAGGAAAGCCUGGAUCCAUUCGCUUUUACAACAAGAAUACAAAGCUGAAAAUGAACAAACUGCAGCUAAAAUAUUAUGUUCAUUUUUCACUUAGUCUAAUCCUUCUCCUGCCCACCCCCCUAAUAUCCUUAAGAGGGUCUCUUCUCCAGUCUUCAGAGAGUAGCUGUAAGUGGGGAGGCAGAAAAAAGGUCCUCCUUUUCUUCCACUCUGCAGAUUUAAUCUGAAAUACUAGGCGCAGUACUGUGCCCAGAGCUCAGAAACUGCUUGCAUUAAUGAAAUUCCCUGUCGCAAAAUGUGCCUAGAACAAUGGGAGUUUUGAACGCUGCAUAUGCUGUAGGGGGGGGGGGGGUACAACUUUGUUUUUAUUUUAUGCCCCUGGACCUUUGGAGUACAAUUGCAGCUUUCUAGAAUACCAGGUUCCAGGAGCAAAAGGGCAGGAGAUGGGAAAUAAUCACUCCCUUCUUCUGCAUUUCAAGGGUACCUGGCUAACUCUUGUUGGAAACAGUCUUUUGUAUGAAACUCUUUUGGGGUUUGAUGUCAUGGAUAAGUCCAUGGGUAUGUGAAAUUGCUUGGAGGAAAGCAUAUCCUCCCAACCUAUUAGAGAUAAAAUAUUGACUGUGUCUGCAGGCCUAAUUGGCACCAAUGAUCACUGCCUUUGAGAUGCUAUCUUUUACCUGAACUUAAAUGUUCAACAUGCUGUUUAACAACAUGUGCUCUGGCUGUUGCAUUUUGUAAUCAACAACAGCCUGUAUUGUAUUGGCAUUUGAAGUUCAGUGGGUUUGGGACAAACUUCAUGUUGCAUGAAGCAUUUAAACAAUUCAGUGUUGCAGAAAUCUUUUAAACUGCAGUUUGCAGUUGCAGAGGCAAUCAGAAUUGGGGUGGCAGAGAAUAUGAAGGGGUUUUACCCUUCAGCUUGCAUAGCUGCCAAGUUAUCCCUUUUUUAAGGGAUUUUCCCUUAUGCAGAAUAGGCUUCCUCGCGAGAAAAAGGAAAAUUUGGCAGCUAUGAGCUUGAAAUCAGGCUCCAGAGGAAAAUUGCCUCCCAGCUACUAUUUGGCAUGGGAGGAGAGCUGCUAGUAGUGCCAGCAAUCAAUAUUGUAUCUUAUCCAAGUAUUUUCAUAAGCUGUAAAAGCUUUUGUUCUGUGUUCCCAGGCUGCUUUAAAGGGAGAUGGUGAAAGGGCUUUAAAAUAAUUAGAAUAACAGGGCUGCAGCCUGCAGGUGAGUCCUGCCAUCUUCUCUGUAAGGAAGUCUUGCUGUAUCCUGGGACAGCUCCUACCGGUUAAUGUGAGGGUUCAUGGAAUAAUAUGUGCAUUGUACUUCACUACACAAGUUGAUCUUGCAAAUAUUCCACUUUUCAUUAAGAGAGAUAAAGUAUUGUGUAAAAGUGUUUCCACUUUUCCUCAAUGUAUUUUUCCCCAUUGAAAAAAUAGGGGGAAACCAUUUUUCCUUCAUUCUUCAUAUCUCAUUCCUGCAGGAGAGAUCAAAUUGUAAGAUCAUAUCCAUACUGCUUUAGUUGGUGUCACAUCUUCUUCUUUUUUAUUGAUGCCCAGUAAUUUUUAGUAGCAAUACUAGUAAAUGCCUUUCAAAUAACUUGGUUAGCUUUCUGAGUUUGCAUACUUUUAUAUGCUGGGGAACACUCUAGAAUUACUUGAAAAGUAAGCCUGUAUUUUUCCAAGUAACAUUGCUGUGUGUCUACCAGAUAGGUGACAGAAGCUUUGGGUUACUAUAAAUUUCCCUUCGAUGCCUUUUGCAUUACUUGGAACUGUUGUAGUUGUUUGUUCUUCAGGUUUGCUGAGUUAAACUUUAUUCCUUUUUUCAGAUUUCCUGCAAGGGUGCUGCCAAUGUAAGGAAAACUUGUGGCAGCUUGCUUAGCAGAGAAUCAAAGGGGCAUUCCCAGCUUUUUCCUGUUGCGUGAAAUGAAGAAAGAUCAUGCAGUUCUGCUUGCUCUAGUCUAGUGUAUAUCUGCUUUGCUAUUGAGCUGAUUCAGCCUGCGAAUCAUUGCCAUAUAUUAUUCAGUAGAUCUGUAGGACAAUGAUGAUUAAAGCACAGCUAUUACUUAAAAGUAGGUUUUCGUUUUUUCCCCUUUGUAGAGCAGGGGAAUGUAUUGAGGAUGUUGCUGCUUAUCAAUAUCACAUUUUUUGGUAAUGUAUAGAUUGCAUUAUGCCACUCAUUCAUACUCAUAAAACAUUUAACAUUUGGAAUAUAAACUUAGAUUGUCAUUACAUCAGUCAGCAGUCCUAAGAUCAAUUUUCAUUGAAAUAUGUGUGUCUAUGCUAGUGUUUCUUCCUGGAGUAAGUAAACACAUUGGCACUUGUAAUGAGGACCAGGAAGGCAAAGAAGUGUGGAAGCUUCCACAUACUUAGCCCUUGGAGUAGAUUGGUUAGUGAACUGCAUAAAAAUGGCAUACUCUGUGAAACGCACAAACAUUUAUGUACAUUUGGACAAGUGGCUUUUCAUAUAUACCCAAGUAGACAUUUAUUAUGGACAUUAACUUGUCGUGUCUUUUGUUUGACCUGUCCCUUAAUGUUUCUUAAUCCUUCAACUUGCUUGCAAUUAUUUUGCUUGUUAAAUGGUGGUCCUCUGUUAAUAUAAGAUCAUGGGAGUAAUUCUGCUAUCUAGAGUUGGCAUAUCACUGCUUCAAACAGGUGUGAGAAAUCAAAUAGUGUCAUUAACUUUGAGAAAUUGGAGGAAUCGAGGUUUGUUCCCCUGCCAAGGAUUUCUGUGUAUUGUGCAGCAUUGCCUCUUUUGUAUCAGCUGAAUGUGAAUAGUUUUGAAACUUAGAUAGCUUCAGGUGUGAACAUGUUCCUUUUCUACAGUAUAUUGGCAAGCUCUCCCUCUGCAGGAGGCUCAAUAUCUUCUUUCUCUUGAAAGCCAUAUCGGAUUGGAUAUCCUGGUAACUAAAUAUAAAAGAAAGAUCAGUGUAACCAGCCAGUGAAGACACACAAUCCAGUUUUUAUAGCACAGUACUGUAUGUACUUUUUAACUAGCUUCUGAAAAUUCAGGUAUAACUUGUGUUAUUUAUAUCUGUUUUAUUAAAACAAACCUUAGCUUGCCUUGUAACAUCACUGUUAAUAAAAGCAAUUUAAAUAAGUAGACAAGCAGAACAUCCAAAGCAUCAGUCAUGUACCCAUUGCAAACGGCCUGGACCAUGCUCAAUAAGGUUAAAAGCAAUAGGUUGCCACCGACAUACAGUAUAUCAGUGGAGUUGUUACAGAGUUGGUUGUAAUACUUAAUUAGGUGCAGUUAACUUUUUUAAAAAAUCAUUUUUAUUAGUUUUCCAAUACAAACAGCCAAUUAACAUAUAAUCAUAUUCCAAUUAAAAACAAUUAACUAAAAAGAGAGAGAGCCAAAUUGUAGUUCAAAUUAUUCCCCCCGAGCUUCCCAUAGUCUGGACCUCCUGAAGAGCAUUCUCAUGUCUCGUUCCUUCUUCUUCUUCUUGUUCUCCACAUUCUGAUUUGAACUUUAAAGUUCUCGUCAAAUGUCAUAUAUCCUUACAUCCAUCGAGUACAGCUUUAUUUGUUAUAAGAAUGUGUUUUCCAACUGUCUAUUUACCAGCACAGCCCCUCCUGACCUCAUUCCACUUUCAAUCCAGGCUGUUGUCCAAAUUAGGUGCAGUUUACUUAAUACAGUAGGUGUUGCAUGAAUUAAUCUGUCUUGCUUAGAAUGUGAAUAGCAAGUGGCUAUGACAGUUAUUUAAGAACCAGACCAAGUGUAAUAACUUGGAUGGUCUCUCAGUAGUCACAUCCCUUCUGUAUUUUGUAAAAGUAGGGGUAUUUAUUCCUUCCAUAACUCUGUUCCAGCUCUUUAUAUGUACUGGCAGUGUGUAUUUUAAUGAGUCUUUGUACUUUGCUAUAGUUGGCUAAACUUUAUAGUUGUAAAACCAAUUUACACAAUUAUUUUUAAUCAGGCAGGGGGCAGGAAUUUCAGGAAGAGUAUUGGAUGAAUUGGAAACAAGCAUUUUGGAAGGAAACAUCCGUGUAGGUCUCUAAUUUUUUAUUUGGGGGGGUAGGUGGAUUUGAUGGCUUAAAUUUUUAAUACUGUAUUGCUGAUAUUUUACUUUUUUAUUUUGUAUCAUAUUUACUGUUUUUAAUUAGGUUUUGUAGUAAUUUUGGAUUAUGCGGAAUGCUACUUCUGAGUGGAUGUAGCAACCGAGUAAUUUUGUUGUUUCCGCAAGGGGACAAUGACAAUAAAGAUAGCUUAUCUUAUCUUGAAUUCUUACUAUUGCUCUGCAUAGAAAAACCCCAAAUAGAGGAUGUUUAGCCUACCCUGCACAGAUCUCAUAGGAAUUCAAAUAAAUUCAAAAUCUGGAUGUUUUGGCCAUAUUUGGCCAAAUAAAAUUUGGAAUCUUUCCCAGGUUGUAGCUGUUACACAUCUACUGCAUAUUUGAAAUGAUUAUAAUUGGUAGCCUUACUACUAUAAUUGGUAGCCUUACUGCUAAACGUGACCAGUCCCAAAUGAUGACUAAGCUUGAUAGAUACUGUCUCUGAUAUUGUAAUCCAACUUUAAUUAUUAGAAACCAAAACUAGAUAGAAAUUCUUUGGAACUGUUUGCAGUUUCUUCUGUCUGAGAGCUGGGGGAACACAUUCCUUUGGCUUUUUUAUUUUGAUUGGUCUCUUUGUUCCUGUGCCACUGCUUUGUUUCAAGUGCAGUUAUGAAGAUCAUCUUGGGAAAGGUGGGCCACGUGUUGCUUGAAAUGGGGACAAAUGUAUUGCUUCAAAUAGCAGGGCCUACUCCCCAGUAAAUUUAUUUGAAAGAGCAAGCCGUGGUAUUUACCUAAGUAGCCAACAUGUAUAGCACAGUGUUUCUUCUGAUGAGUGUCUAGAUGUAGUUGGUUCUAUUUUGAGGUGCUGGCCUAACCCUGUGUAGAACCCAGCAGGUGAAACUUGUUUGCAGAUGUCAUCAACAUGGUUUCAGAAGGUCCACACCUACCUGCAGAGUGCUUCCCUCUGGCAUCCACAGAGUCCUUUUUCCUCACUGAAAUUAGGCUUGGAAGAAGCAUUUUGUUGCAGUCAGUAGACCAGGUUAUGGUGUAGGCUUGGUUACAUGUAUUUCCCAUGACAGUUUCUCUGGUUUGCAACCAGUGUUCAAAGCUCCCUUUGUUCUAGGCACAUUUUGCGAUGGGGAAUUUCAUUAGCGUGAGCAGUUUCUGAGCUCUGGGUACAGUACUGCGCCUAUGAUUUCAGAUUAAAACUGCAGAGUGGAAGGAAAGGAGGACCUUUUUUCUGCCUCCCCACUUCCAGCUACACUCUGAAGACUGGAGAAGAGACCCUCUUAAGAAUAUGAGGGGGUGGGCAGGGGAAGAAUCAGACCAUGUGAAAAAUGAACAUAAUAUUUUAGCUGCCAUUUUCAGCUUUGUAUUCUUAUUAAAAAAAGGGUGCCUAGACAUUCUGUUUCUGCGCCCAUAACCUAGAUUUAAGGUGCCAUUUAGCUCCUAGCUUUCAUAUCUCAGUUUGUAACACUGUUUGCAACUGAUUAUGGGCCUAAGAGCAGGAGUUUCCCUUGUUUAUUGUAAUGUCUCUGGUUUACAGUACAGAUUGACAUCUACUAUUUUUUUACUGUUGUGUUUGUUUCCUCUGGAGCUGUAUGAAAUAAUUGUUAAGUUAACUGUUCCUUACACAAGAUUUGUAAUAUGCUUUGAGUGCAUGUUCUUGUACAAAUGUAGCGAAAAAAAUUAAACAGCUACUGACAAAAAAUUAUCUGGGAAGUCCAUUGAGAGAGCAUGAUUUCUUCAGUCAUUUGACCCUCCCACCUUUCCAGUGUUUGGAAUUCACUGUGGACUUACUCCCAAGUACAAGACUUAUCACAUGUGACCUUUGAUGUAUGAGUGUAUGUAUGCUUGAUCAGCAUUGUGAGUGACUCAUACUGUGUGAAAAUUGAAGGAUGGUGCUCCUUUUCCUGCUUUGCCAAGCAAAGAACCUGUUGUCUGACAUCUCUUCUAAAGGAGUCCUAAUUGAAGCAUUUGUGCAUCAAGAGCAUUUGUUUGGUCAACCCUUUAGGUAUCUGUCUUCUGAUUUUUUUUCUGAAAAAUCUUGAGAAUAAUCUGCAGGUAGAGAAGAUGGAAGGCAACAGCCAGCUUUGCAUUCAGCGUUGGUCUACCAGGCAUGUAGCCAAAUGGCUGAAGGAAGAAGGCUUCUGUGAGUAUGUGGAAAUUUUGUGUGACAAGCACAGAUUAGAUGGAAUUACAUUACUGACGCUGACUGAAUACGACUUGAGGUCUCCUCCUCUGGAAAUCAAGGUUCUAGGUGAUAUCAAACGGCUCAUGUUGUCAAUUCGCAAGUUACAGAAGCACCACAUUGAAGUUUUGGAAGAGCUUGGUUAUAACAGUGAUAGUCCCAUUGGUUCCCUGUCGCCUGGCUCCCUUCAAGGAACAGACUGGUUUUGCAAUGGCGAGGUUCAACGGGAUUGUGAUGACUGUGAGCCUGUUGCCGAUUUGAACACUGACCAGUAUCAGUAUGCAAAUGGAAAAAACAAACAUCCUAUGCGAAGACUGAACCCAGAGUAUUGGAAGACAGCUUUGAGUUGUAUAUAUGUUUUUAUUGUGUUUGGCUUCACAUCAUUUGUCAUGGUUAUCGUGCACGAGAGAGUUCCUGACAUGCAGACAUACCCACCACUACCAGACAUAUUCCUAGACAGUGUUCCUAGGAUACCGUGGGCUUUUGCCAUGACUGAAGUAUGUGGUGUGGUUCUCUGCUACAUCUGGCUGCUCGUUCUUCUACUUCACAGACACAGGUCGAUCCUUCUACGGCGGUUAUGCAGUCUUAUGGGGACAGUGUUCUUGUUGCGUUGCAUUACAAUGUUUGUGACCUCAUUAUCUGUGCCAGGCCAACAUCUGCAGUGUUCUGGAAAGUUGUAUGGCAACGUGUGGGCAAAACUUCAGCGAGCCUUUGCAAUCUGGAGUGGGUUUGGCAUGACGCUAACAGGAGUACAUACCUGUGGAGACUACAUGUUCAGCGGCCAUACGGUUGUCCUAACCAUGCUCAACUUCUUUGUCACUGAAUAUACGCCAAGAAGCUGGAAUUUCUUGCACACACUGUCCUGGGUGCUGAAUCUCUUUGGGAUCUUCUUCAUUUUGGCAGCCCAUGAACAUUACUCCAUAGAUGUCUUCAUUGCCUUCUACAUCACCACGAGACUAUUUUUGUACUACCACACACUGGCAAAUACAAGAGCCUAUCAACAGAGUAGGAGGGCCAGGAUCUGGUUUCCUAUGUUCUCUUUUUUUGAAUGCAACGUAAAUGGCACCGUUCCAAAUGAGUAUUGCUGGCCCUUCGCAAAGCCAUCGAUAUUGAAAAGGUUAAUUGGCUAAAGAGGACUAGUUUGAAUUCACAUCUUUGUGAAGUAUUUGUGAUUAACUUUCUACGGGAACAGCUGCACAAAAGGGGUAUGUUAUUCAUGUGCAGCAAGGCUACAAGGCACCCGUCGAAAUGCAGCAAAGUUAAGCCACUAAUUCUUUAACGUCUGGAGAACUUCAAGUUGUCUUUGGAUGAAGGAAAGACAUUGGAUCUAUAUAACAUCAAGUGCAACCUAUCUAGCUGUCUCAAACAAAAACUAACAUGUGUCAUACCUUUAAAAUAAUUGUUUGCCUAAUGAGAAUAGGGUGCAAUUUGGGAGGGGAAAUCAUGAGAGGGAAUUGCACCCUGACAAAAAGGGGCCCCAAAGCCUUUAGUAAAAGAAAUUGUGCUGUGUGGGGCAAAGUUGCUGUCUUGGUACCCAAACGACAACCGUGAACAGAGCUUCAUUGACUUGGAUCACAUGACUUCAUGCUAUUGUACCAUCCCGAGGUUUUCCUUGUUUACAUUUCAGUAAAUCGGUGAGAAAUAAACACCUUAUCCUUUUUGAAAUGAGGUUGACUUAGCUUUAGUGCCACAACUCUUCCUUCUGAACACAGUAUUAAACACUAACAAAAAUCUCUGCAUGCUGUUAAAACACUGCUCUUAGAAGAAGAAUACCAUAAAAUUGGGGGUAGUAGCAGACGAUGUCCCAGGAGAUAAAUGAAAAGCGUGGUGUUCUUUUUAUUUUGUUUGGGCAAAUGACGAGGUUUUGAACAGUGGCUUUGAGAAAGUACAUACAAAUCAUUUUACUUUGCCCAUUACCACAGUUGUCAUAAGGCUCCAUGUAGCAUUAACAGAUGUUGAAAUUUCAUCGGUUAGCUGAGGAAUGUUGGAUAGUGUAUUCAUUGAAUGUUUUCUUUGUAUUCUUAGUUCUUGCAAGUUAAACUACCUUAAUUGGCUUAACCUUUGUGGUAGAUAUCACUUUCUUCACAGAGUUUUCUUAUGGUCAUGAAAAGAGCUGGAGCUUAAAGUAUUAGGAGUCCUGAAAGUGUAGCACUUGGCAGUCGAGGAACACACAACAUUUUUCUGUGAAAUAUAACUUGGAUAAGUUGCUCAGGUUUGCAUUUAACCACCUAAGCCAUCUUUUGUAAAUGCUCAAAAAAGGACACCUUAGUUUAAAACAGUAAUUGUGAUUAGCACAUAGAUUCAAGAAUGAGUUUGAAAUAGAUAAUUUCAGAGUAGGUAGUUUGUGUUGAUGCUGACAUUGCUAUUUCAAAUGGCCAUGUAAGCUUUUCCAAACUAUCGCAGGAAUUUAUUGGAACAUUUCCAUGCAAUACACUAAGUGUCUACAACACAGAAGAUCAGCAGCUAUCUUGUAUGCUGAAAAUCUUUUGAAUAAUUACACUGAAUUUUCAGGUAGAAGUUAUAUGAUGCAGUGUUGCCACUGGCAGCCAGUUAUGCCCUUUCCCCAGUGCCUCUUCCUGGUAACAAGUGAACCAGACCUAAAAGGUAUAUAUUGCUCUUAUAGCCGAGAGCUACUAAUAGGUUAGCUCUAAAGAGAAGUAAAGGGUGUCAGGUUUAUUGCCUUUGUUUAAGACUGCGAUAAUAGACCGUGUAAACAUUCCUUUCUGGUUCUGUGUAAAACACUGCUGCACAUGGAUUAAUACUUAUAUGCAGAAAUGCACGGGCCAAUGUGAUGAAUUAGAAAUAAGUGUAGUUAAAUUUGCAAAUCUGCAAAUUAGAAGUAGCUGCAAAUUAUAUAACUGCUGUUGUACAGCUUCUGGCUUUACUUGAUCUCAUCACAGUAUUACAAUAUUUAUACACUUAAAUGACCACUCCAGUAUCUUUACGUGCCACUUGAAAAGGGAAAAAAAACAUUGUUGUCUCGGAGCAUGCCUUAUUAUUCACAAACUGCUAAUUAUUGCAGAGUCAGUGAUCCAGCUGAAUGCAUUUUGCAGAAACGUUCCUUUUUGCUUUGGCUUUUAAGGUGCACAGGAUAUGUUCAGAAUUGCUAGUAUGCACUGACUGGUGUCUGAAGAUCUGGGCAGCAGGUAGUCCAGAAGUAUAUAUAAUAAAUGCACUAUGGUCUUCUUUUUGUCACCAGUAUAGAGGCAGGCUCUGAGGUGCUUCUACCAACUGCAGUGGCAAACCGUCCCGUUCUUCCCACCGCGCUCCCCGGUCUUUGCUGCAUGGGGAAAGGGGAAAUGUAGCAUCCUUUGAAGGCACGUAUGGUCGGCUGCUUAAAGCAGCUCUCGAAAUGCCACUGGGAACUCACGACGGAGACAGCCUCUCCCUAGGUUUACAGAUUCCUUUUGGAAAGGAAAAGGGCACACCCGCAACAGUGUGUUUGAAAAGUUUACAGUUCAGGUCUACAUUACAUUGCAGGCUGCACAAUAUUAAACUGUCCAAAGGAACACAAUGGUUUCCAUCCGGUUAUUGUUAAGAGCAGCUGCUUCCUAUGGGAUUUGACAUGCAGCGUCAUUCUAUGCCUGUUUACUUGGAGCAAUGUUCUUUGUUCUAACAGAGGUGGUGCGCCUGGGCCAUGCCACUUAAGGCUGAAUGAAGGAUUGCCCCGUUUUUUUAUUUUUAAACCCACACAGACAACUAGAACGUCAGGAAGGGGAGACUAUUAGAACCCUUUUCCCAUAGCUGCUAUUUUUCUAUGUGCAGGGACUCCCCACCACCACCACCACAGAGGAGGAUUCACCCUAGUUUACAACCUUCCGUUAGAGCAAAGCCUGGGUUCAGUGGGACUUACUUGGAAAUAUGCAUAGACUUGCAGUCAGUUGUGACCCAGAUUAGAUAGAUUUACUUCACACGAUGAAUCAGAUAAGAGGUGAGCAGAGUAGUAACCAGAACAUCUUGGCUUUUGAUGUAGUAAGUAAACAAUUACUUGAAUAGUAUUUAGUAUGAAAUACAUUCCCCCCCUCCCCCCAAAAAAUCUUCCUAGAAGUCGUUUUGUGGACUAUAUUUGCACUUCUAAACUAGCCAUCCUAGGGAUUAUUGUACUUAAAAUAGUAAUAUAAUACUUUGUAUAUCUUCCUUGGUUUAAUUCCACAUGUAUUUUCUGUGGGAAGAUAUGUCACAUCAACCCUCCCAAAAUUUUCCCAAUUUGGAGAGUUGUAAGGUAUGGAAUUCUUAUCAUUUCUGUUUUGAAUGUGCUUAAACAACAACCUUUAGAAAAGCAUUUUGCACUUGUCAUUUAUGUCAGACUACCAAGUGGCACUGGGGUGGGUUUUUUGUUUUUGUAUAGUAUAUUAGUGUAUGGAAUGCUGGUGGUAAAGGAGACAAAAUUCAGAGCAAGGCGUCUGAAAGAUUCCAAGCAAUAACCAGAACAUCUCAUCUGUUUACCAAAUAUCAGUGCACAGUAACCAACUUCAAAUUGCUUUGC